GAGACUCUAUCUACUUCGUUUAGUUCGUGCGUGACAUUUUGAACGGAUAUUCGCGCGCAUUCGCGCGUUAACAUAUAUGCAGGGAACAACAAAGACUAACCCAUUUAAAACGAAAUAGAGAGUUAGGUAUGUGUCGGGUUUGUCUUAAAUUUUUGUUAAAAUGACAAUCUCGGCUCUAGACAAAAAUACAGUCAAGCUUAUAAGGACUACACAAAUUAUAGUUUCGGUUUCUACUGCUGCAAAAGAGUUGAUAGAAAAUGCAUUAGAUGCUAAUGCCAAAAAUAUUGAAGUCAACUUGAUAGAUAAUGGAUGUACCCUGAUAGAAGUGAAAGAUGACGGUUGUGGUAUUUCUAAAGUGGAUGCACCUUAUAUGGCUUUGCCGUCAUACACGUCUAAAAUUGUGACUUUCUCUGAUUUGGAUUCGCUAGAAUCUUAUGGAUUUCGGGGUGAAGCACUACAUGCAUUAAGCACUAUAUCAGAUCUUACAAUUAUAUCAAAAACUGAAGAGGAUGAAGCGGCUGUUUCAUAUGAUAUUGAUCACAAUGGACAAAUUAAAAAAUCUGAACAAUGUCAUAGAGCAAGAGGAACAACAGUACAAGUAAAACAGUUGUUUAAACAAUUACCAGUAAGAAGACAAAUAAUCACUAAUUCAAGGAAGGCAAAUCAGGAGGUUAAAAUGUUAGAAUCAUUAAUUAAAAGUUAUGGAAUGUGUCAAUUUGGCACACGAAUAAGUUAUAAAGUAGAUAAUGUAAUUAAAUUUGCAAAACCUAGUACAACUACUCUUGAAGAAGCAGUCGCUUAUAUUCUGGGUAGAAAAGUGACAUCUAAUAUGAGUUGGAUAAAUAUUGAAGAUGCAGAGAUUAAUGGUAAAUUAAUGGUUCCUUCCAAAGAAUCACAAAAUAUAUCAGAAGUGUUUCAAAGCGGAGCACAAUAUAUUUUUGUAAAUAACAGGCCCAUUAAGCACAGAGAAUUAGAAAAGGUAGUAACUAAAACAAUUUUGAAAGCAUUAGAACAGGACUCGUCAUCUAAGAAAAAACCAAUAUGUCUGUUGUACAUUUUAAUGAGUGCUGCAAAUAUUGAUAUUAAUUUGGAGCCAAACAAGACUUGCGUUUUUUUCAAAGAGGAGAACAUAAUUCUUAAUACAGUACAAAAACAUCUUGAAAAUUUUUAUGGAAUUCAAACACAAGAGCAAGAAGAAACUGUUUGUAAUCAAUCGCUCAAUGAAUAUCAAGAUUACACCCCCAGAGAAAAUAUUCCUAAUGUAGAAGAUGAACAGCCUGCGUGUAAAAUAAGAAGAGUACACAGAAGUGAAAAUGUAGUAGAUACUACUGAAAAUGUACAAUAUUCCAAAGAUAAUGAGGAACCUUCAGUUUCUGAAAAAGAGCAGAAUCAUUCAGACAAAACUGAUGACAGCUGUCAGAAAAAUAUAGAAAAUUUCAAUCUCGAGUUACCAUCUUUAAAUUUGAGUGAUUCUGAAUCAAAUGAUUCACAAAAAUUCAAAUUAUUUUACAAUGAUAAAGAUUCCUCGGAUACAGCCUCUCAGAUACCACACGUGGAUUUGGGUCCAGAUUUUUCAAUGUGUUUAAAUUCACCUAAAGCAGAAAAUGAAGAGCAAAGUGCAAAUAUAGAAAGUGCUCAUGAAAAGAAUGAAUCAGAAAAGAAUACAGAUGAUAGUCCUCCAUUUGAAUUAUCCCCAGGAUUUGAAGCAUCAAAUCAAAAACCAAACGUAGAUUUAGGACCAGAUUUUCCAAUGUGUAUAAGCACACCUGAGAAAGAAAACGAAGGAUCGAGUGCGAAUGUUAAAAAUUUAUGCGAGAAGAAACAAAAGUCUGAGACAAAAAAAUGUGGUACAUUAAAAGAAUGGAGCAAAGGACAUAUAUCUGGUGUGAAGGGAGGCACAGAUGUACAGCCUUAUAAUUGUCCAGAAUUAAAUGAAUCUUUGGAUGCUAUGAACAAUAAAAAUGUGUGUGGAGGUUUUCGUAAGUUUAUGAAAACUGUUGGGCAACAAGUUAUGAAAGAAAACAAACACCGUAACUUAACAGCAGCACAAAUUGCAAAUGUAAUAACCAAUCUGUGGAAAGAAUUGCCAUCUGAAAAACGUGCAUAUUACAGAGAUUUAGCACGCGAAGAGAAGACUGAACGCGAAACAAAAAAACGAGAAAAGGAAGAGAAACAAGUAGAAGAAAUGAACAGAAACAGAAAUAGGCUUUUAAAAGCAUUAGAAAAAAUGAGAAAGAUGAAUCCUGAGGAUAACAAAAAUUUACUAGUCAGAACUUUAGUACCAUGGAAUUUAGAUUUAAAGAAAAUUAGUGAAAGUUCUCUUGACAACUAUACAUGUAAAAAUACUAAUCACAUUGUUGGACAAUUGCGUUCGGGUUCAUGGGUCGUUCAUAAAUCGUCACAUAUUUGGAUCUUAAAUGCUGCAACUCUGAAAAAAGAAUUACACAAAUCUGAUAUGAAUGACACCCAGGAGACUGCUGAGGAUAUGGAGCAGCUUUUGAAGCAGUGGUUUUCAACAAAGGACGAUUUAUCUAUAUUGUACCCUAUACAUUCAUUGCCAGAAAAUACAAAUAUCAAAACAUAAAUCUUA